AUGGACGAGUUUCAAUCUGCUGAGGAGACUACAUUUGUUGUGGAAGAGAUAACAACAAUUAUCAAAGAGACUGUCGAAAGCACCAUAGGAAACAGCCCUUUCCAACACAAUCGCACCAACAGGUGGACAUCAAGCAUUGUAGAGUCCAGUCUAAACCAGCUAUCUAAAUUGGGAAAGCCCUUUAAGUACAUAGUGACAUGCAUCAUAAUGCAGCGAAAUGGGGCAGGUUUGCACACUGCCAACUCAUGUUUCUGGGACAACGCUAUUGAUGGGAGCUGCACAGUACGCUGGGAGAACAACACUGUGUACUGCAUAGUUAGUGUUUUUGGUCUUGUCAUUUAAGGAUGAAUAUUUU